CGCCUACAAUUUCUAAUUUAUGUAAAGUAAUAACCAACCGUGGUAGUGAAAAUUACGAUACGGUAGAAGUUGAGGUACGGGAAUAAGCUACGUCUUCUUGGGAGAUUUUGCAUUGCAGAGAAAAUGGCGUCUCUCGCAAGAGUUCGUCUUUUAAUGAGAAAUACCGGUACAUUUGGAAAUUCGAUUAGACAAACGUGCUUACGUAGUGCCAUUACACAACUUCAAUUAAAUGAACGAUUUUUUCACUGUAAUAGACAAAAUAUCAUUACCCAUGUACCACAGGGCACACGAGUCAAGCAGGUGCGUCAGUACAGUCAUGCUGCACCAUUAUCGCUUGAUCUUAUUCGCCAGCGUGUACUGUUAGUACUCAAUCUCUAUGAUAAAGUUGAUCCUCAGAAGUUAUCUUUGGACUCUCAUUUUAUCGACGAUCUUGGUUUGGACUCCUUAGAUCACAUAGAAAUUAUAAUGGCCAUGGAAGAUGAAUUUUGCUUCGAAAUACCAGAUAUGGAUGCAGAGAAACUUUUACGACCUAGGGAUAUAGUACGUUACGUUGCCGAUAGGGAGGAUAUUUACGAAUAAAUAUGCACAUAAUAUAAGUCAUCUCAUUAGACAAGUUUUUUAUUUUUAAAAUCAUUAUAUUAGAAAAUAAAAGUUAGACUUUACUUAUUCUGUAUAUAAUAUAAGUAUAAUAAAAAUAAAAUGAAUCACUA